AAGUAGGGCAAAAGUCACUAGAGCGACGGUGCUAACCUCACGUGAUAAAACAGAGGUCGUUGAUUGGUUGGCAUUUCAUGAUUUCUGUUUGGUGAACAUUGUAAGGGCAUUGAAGGAUCUGAGCUGCUGCAGCUGAGAAAUAGCGAUGCUUUUUAACAAGGUUUUGAGGGCAGGUGUUCAGGCUGGACUCAGGUUUCAGAGUUCUGGCCCUCAAGCUAGUGCCAAAGCAGCGACUGCCAGCUUGAAGGGAGCUCAUGGAGGCUUUAGCUUUGAAUUAACUGACCAGCAGAAAGAGUUCCAGGAGUUAGCAAGAAAGUUUGCACGAGAGGAGAUUGUCCCAGCUGCCCCAUCAUAUGAUAGAAGUGGUGAAUAUCCAUUUCCUCUCAUUAAGAGAGCAUGGGAGCUGGGUCUAAUGAAUGGACAUAUUCCUGAGGACUGUGGUGGAAUGGGUCUGGGCAUAUUUGAUGCCUGUCUCAUCACAGAGGAGCUGGCCUUUGGUUGCACUGGUGUACAGACAGCCAUUGAGGCAAACUCUCUGGGACAAAUGCCAGUCAUUAUUGCUGGUAAUGAUGCCCAGAAGAAGAAAUAUUUGGGCAGAAUGACAGAAGAACCUCUAAUGUGUGCGUACUGUGUGACCGAGCCGGGAGCAGGCUCUGAUGUGGCUGCGAUAAAGACCCGGGCUGUGAAGAAAGGAGACGAGUAUGUGGUCAACGGUCAGAAAAUGUGGAUCACCAAUGGAGGAAAAGCGAACUGGUACUUCCUCCUGGCCCGCACAGAUUCCGAUCCCAAAUGUCCUACUAGCAAGGCUUUCACAGGCUUUAUUGUUGAAGCUGACACCCCAGGAGUCCAGCCUGGCAGAAAGGAACUGAACAUGGGCCAGAGAUGCUCAGACACCAGGGGCAUCACGUUUGAGGAUGUAAGAAUCCCGAAGGAGAAUGUUUUGAUUGGAGAAGGAGCCGGCUUCAAGAUUGCCAUGGGUGCCUUUGACAAGACCAGACCACCAGUGGCUGCUGGUGCAGUGGGACUUGCACAGAGAGCACUGGAAGAGGCCACAAAGUAUGCUUUGGAAAGAAAGACUUUUGGCAAGUUUAUUGCUGAGCACCAGGCAGUGUCAUUCCUUCUGGCUGAAAUGGCCAUGAAAGUGGAGCUUGCCAGGAUGGCCUAUCAGAGAGCAGCUUGGGAAGUGGAUGAGGGCCGCAGGAACACCUACUAUGCUUCGAUUGCCAAGGCCUUUGCUGGAGACAUUGCAAACCAGUGUGCCACUGAUGCCGUCCAGAUCUUUGGUGGGAACGGUUUCAAUAGUGAAUAUCCUGUGGAGAAGCUGAUGAGAGACGCUAAGAUUUACCAGAUUUAUGAAGGGACUGCUCAAAUCCAAAGGCUCAUCAUCUCAAGAGAACAUCUUGGGAGAUUCAAACAGUGAACCUGUAAACCCAGGACUUCCAUGCCAAGAG